UAGUCUUGAUACACCGCUGUGUGGAUCUCAGCGCGCAAAUGUAUUUUCUAAUGUGGACAAAGUUUCCUUGUUUGGAUUUUAUUUAAAAAGUACUGGUCUUUAAAAACUGCGGGAUAGAAAAUCAUCUCGGCUUUCUGGAUCUUAAGGAACCUAACAAGGCUGAAAGACAGACUAUAAUGGUCUUAAAUCAGAUGGAUGACGGUAAAGCUUUGACGGCGGCGGCAGCCAAAGGAGACCGGAGCGAGGUGCGGAGGAUCCUGGAGGAAUGCAGAGUGCACCCUGAUAAUCUCAAUGAAUUUGGCAGGACUGCACUACAGGUGAUGAUGAUGGGGAACUCAAAGGUUGCGAGUUUGCUUUUGGAAAAAGGAGCAAAUCCCAAUGUCCAGGACAAGCAUGGGAUAGCACCCGUCCAUGAUGCAGCCCGGACAGGAUUCCUGGACACUCUGCAGGUUCUGGUGGAGUACGGUGCUUCGGUAAACAUCCCUGACAUGAAGGGCGCCCUGCCCAUCCACAUUGCCAUUAAGGAAGGCCACCGGGAUGUUGUGGAGUUCUUGGCACCGCAUUCCGACCUGAAGCACGCCAACAUCAGCGGUCAGACAGCGAUAGAUGUGGCCCGAGCUUCGUGUGCGCCUGAUAUGAUUGAAUUGCUUUACUCUCACAUUCAUAGUUAGUCAGGGUUCUGGGGUGCUUUUGGGUGACCCUAACCAAUCUUUUUUUUUUUUGUCAAACCUGGUGACUUGAAUUCAUUGCUGUGUAAAGGAUUCUUUUUUUGUUAAUAGUGGCUCAGCCUUAAUAUGUGACGCAGGACAUGUUGUUCUGGCAGCUUAUUGUCAGUGGAUGGGUGACUAUAUACAGUAGACACCUCUUUUGCACAGUGCAAUUCAGGCACCUUAUAUUUCCCUUUGAAUUGGGAGUGCACAUUUUGUAGAUAGUUGCCCCAUUGAAUUGCAUUAUUUCCAUUGUGUAACAGUCGAAACCUUGCAUGUGUUUUUAAACACUUUUACAGAACUUGACAUGGUGCACCCUGAUCGCUUUUCAUAGUUUUGUUUCUCUUAAUUAGAUGUACUUAGACUUUGAAUUUACCCGUAUUUAUUUUUUUGAUGUGUCUUUGUAAAUAGCAACAUUUAUUGUGAUUUGUUGAAAUGUUAUUUAUAUAAAGACUAUAAAGUGAGUUUAUUCACUUUACUAUUUGAAGAAGAAAACACAAAAUAAAGUGUUGAA